GCAAAAUAGCUCCAUGCAGCUAGGGAUUUUCCCAAACAGCCUCGACUCCGAAGAUCCCACUUGAGGGAUCUGACCGGCGUCACGUGACCCUCUGUCGAAACCGCCGCGCUUUCAACCUCAUCGCCGGCAGAAAGGGUAGGCGAACGGCAUCAUCACUGUUCGCUGCCAAUUGUCCCCCUCCACACCAUGUUCUUCGCCAGGCGAUCAGUGGCUUCGACGCGGCACCUGCUGCGGAAUCAGCAACCCCGAAGAUUCGAUUCCCACGCCGCUCACGCUGGCCAUCAUGCCCAGCCUGUGAACGAGAGCUUCGGCCGUAGCUUCUAUGUCACCGUCGGCACCUUUGCAUCCGCCUUCGUCCUAUACCAAUUCACCAAGUCCAACCAGGAGUCCGGUUCGCAAUCAUGGAUUUCCAACCUCAUCCAGAAGUGGACCCCAUCGGAGAAGGUCUUUGAGGAGAGAAACGCUAUCCGUACUGCUGUUAUGGAGAAAGCUGCCUCUGACCGUCACCUGUUCCACUCCCAGGGACCCAGAGCUGUCUAUGAAUUGAAGCAGCCUGAGGUCAUCUUCAACGGCGGAUCUCCUUACAACGUCCCUGUUGGCUCGUCCGCUAACCUGAGCGGCGUCGUCUCCCACUACGAGCGUGAGAACCAGCAGGUGGAGGAAUCCCGUGUCUCUCGUAUGCAGGAUGGCAAGGUUGUCUCUCUGUAUAACUAGGCAAAGCAAAAAAUAUCGAUCUCUUGUAUUUGUUUGAAUACUGCCUAUCAUAGGCAAGAGUAGCAGAAGCUAAGGAUGCGUUUGUAUGUACAUAUGCC